AUUGCAGUCUUUCUCAGGUUAGUAUACAAAAAAACUGUCCUUAUCACUAGUCUCUCGUGACCAGUAUUAGAAAUUAAAAUGACACGAGUCUCUUUUCAAUGGAUAUUUAGUCUAGAAGGCUUGCAACCCUUCUUCUCCCAGUAUUGUUCCACAUACUGCACUGUACAUGAUAUAAAGUACAACAAAUACCACGCAUUACCUUUAUUUAUAUCCGAUCAUAAAAUCACAGAUUUGCCUCAUUACAGUCUCAUUGUAACAUAUCACAUUCUCUGUUAUUAGAUUUCAAUUAAGGAAAAAAAUGCAAUAGUUGUGCAACAGAUGUAAGGGUUUAAAGAGUAACCAGACAACGUGACAAUAAAAUUAUAAUGGAGCAACAGAAUGACAAUAUCAAGCAAAAUGCAAACAGGCAAGCUGUAAUUAGAGCUGGAGUUUGUGACUGUGUUUGACUCCGUUAUUCAUGUCAAGAUCAGCUUUGACAAAUGCUAUUUUUUCAGGAUUAUUUAAUCUUUUAUUAUCUAUCCUCCUUUUCUGUUCCAUUUUCUGGAAAAUUUUUGAGAUGGUACAUGAAUAUACAUACACAAAAAUUUAGUUAGAAAAUAAAAGAAAAUAAUUUGUGCAAUAUAAGGUUUAUAAAUGCAAGCAGUAGAACAGCCUACUGCAAAGCAAAUUUGGACAAAACAUCAUCUCAGACCCUAAUUUUUCUCAAUUUAAAAGGAUAAAAUACAUGUUGUAGACAAUUCAUCGUAGUUAUACUCUUGAAAAAAAUAUUUGCUCAUUUAUUAUUUUAUCCACUAGUGCGUGCAAAAUUGUAUUUUUUGUAUACAGCUUAGGUAGUAGGUUUGAGUCUGUGCAAGUAGCCUGAUGUUAUGCUGCAUCUAAAAUAUUUUAUCUAAUCCUCUAUUGUCCAAGUCUAGCAAUGAUGAGUGUCCUCUUAUUAGAUUAUUGUGUACCAGAUUCAAACUGGUCAGCCCCUUGACCAGAGUUGUGGUGACCUCUAAGUAUCUCAAGUUAUUGAUUUAUUGAUCUGUUUCCUAAGCCAUUUUCAAAAUAUCCACCAGUUACCCGUGUUGAAGUCUUGGUCAUCUGCGAUGGUUUCAUUGUACAACCAUCUAUAAUUCUUGUAAAUAGACUAACUGUUAGUAAUUAAGUUAAUAUUCUGUGCUUUGCAAUAUAUCAGUUUUUCAGAAUAAUUUAUAUUAAUUAGAAGAUGUUUCAGUAUAGAAAAAUACUGUAUGAUAAGCUAUUGUUAUAUCAUAACCAUUUUUUGCGCAAAGUGAAUGUGUUUGUGAAAAUGUAAUUGCGCAUAAUCACAAACUGUGCCACCCACAGUGGACAUGUGCUGUCUGAUAAAACCUGUCAUGAAGGAAAUAGUAACAAGUAAAAACAAGUAGCUAUAUAGAGAUUGAUAACUUAAUUAAGAGAGAGGGUUUACUGCGUGCAACUGUGUCUCAAGGGACUGCUGCUGACGCUUGUCCUCUCAUUCAACAUUGCCCACUAGUCCUAACAGCCAUUUUAGAUUUCAUGGCUGCACAUUACAGACAGAGAAAUGCAAUGCAUGAAAAGAGGGCAGGGAAAACAUGAGGAAAAGAGGGAGCGGGAGCAUGGAGAUUGUGAUGUAGUGCUCAGUAUACACUCUUGCGCUUACACUGGAAACCCCUCUUUUUUAAAUGCUGUGGUUCAAGAAAGCAUGAUGCCUGUGAGGCAGCAGAAAAUGGGGGAGGGGUAGAGAAGGAAGGCACGCCAGUGAGUGAGAGUAGAAAGAGGAGAGGACAAGAGGAGGGAGGAGAGGCACAUUCAGAGCAUCAUUGGUGAUUCUUGAGCUGCAGCCAUGAAUUAUUUGCGCCGGCGUCUCUCGGACAGCACAUUCAUCUCCAACCUGCCCAAUGGUUAUAUGACAGACCUCCAAAGGCCUGAGCAGACUCAGCCUCCUCCACCUGCCUCCACCACCCCUGCCAAGUCUCCUACGUCCGGGCCUACACCUCCAGCCACUUCUCCUGCUCCAGAGAGGAAACCUCAGCCGGCUCAGUCCACGGGUUUCUUCAGCUCCAUCACCAAUGUUGUUAAGCAGACAGCUGCCUCAGCAGGGCUAGUGGAGCAGACCCAAGUCACGACACCAAAGAAGUUCAAGAUUCUCCUGGUAAUUGACGAACCACAACAGGAGUGGGCAAAAUUAUUCCGGGGAAAGAAAGUACAUGGGGAUUAUGACAUCAAAGUGGAGCAGGCUGAAUUCAGUGAGAUCAACGUUGUGGCUCAUGCCAAUGGGACCUGCAACGUUAACAUGCAAGUUCUAAGAAAUGGUACCAAGGUGAUGAGGUCAUUCAAGCCAGACUUUGUCCUCAUUCGUCAGCACGCCUUCAGUAUGACCCAGAAUGAAGAUUUUCGCAACCUGGUCAUUGGGCUGCAGUACGGAGGUGUCCCAAGCAUCAACUCCCUUUCAUCCAUCUACAACCUGUGUGACAAGCCAUGGGCGUUUGCCCAAUUAAUCAACACCCACAGGAAGCUGGGUGCUGAGAAGUUCCCUCUUAUUGAGCAGACCUUUUACCCAAACUACAAGGAGAUGGUAAGCAUGCCAUCCUUCCCUGUUGUAGUGAAGAUUGGACAUGCCCACUCUGGUAUUGGAAAGGUGAAGGUGGACAAUCACAGUAAGUUCCAGGACAUAGCCAGCGUCGUGGCUCUCACCCAGACGUACACCACCACAGAACCUCUCAUCGACUCCAAGUACGAUGUCAGAAUCCAGAAGAUCGGCACUGACUACAAAGCCUACAUGAGGACAUCUAUAUCUGGUAACUGGAAGACCAAUACUGGCUCAGCUAUGCUCGAACAGGUGGCCAUGACUGAUAGGUACAAGCUGUGGGUUGACACCUGCUCAGAAAUUUUCGGGGGUCUGCAUAUUUGUGCAGUCAAAGCUAUCCAUGGCAAAGAUGGCAGAGAUUACAUCACAGAGGUGGUGGGCUCUUCCAUGCCCCUGGUAGGGGAGCACCAGGCCGAGGACAGGCAGCUCAUUGCUGACAUGGUGCUGGCAGAAAUGAACCAGCAGGCAGAGAAGGAAGCUAAUGCUCCCCAGAGACCCACCACCAUACAGCCAUCCCAGGGAACUGGCCAGAAGGGAGAGAUUUCUGGCGAACCUACUAAGAACGGUGCCGGGCGCCCGCCUCAAGGUUGUCUGCAGUACAUUCUCGACUGUAAUGGCGUUGCAGUGGGUCCAAAACCAGUCCAGGCCAACUGAGUGACUCAGGAGAAAGGGAGGAAAACCUCAAAGUCUAGAUAACAAUGACGUACCUUAGCUGAACACAAGCAGAGACGUGUGUGAGGACGCUGAUACCUGGAAUCAGAUCUUGCUGACGUGAGCUCGGUACAGCUGAGUGCUGGCCUGGACUGUGUUUUUAACUCUAUGCAGUGUCAAAAUGUACUGUCUACUUGUUGACCUGUUGAUUUGUGUGCUUGUAUAGGUCACCUAUGUUCCAGUAGCUGUGUUAUUUAUUUGUUUAUUUAUUUUUUGUUAGAUUUUUUCGGGGCUGUUGUUGAUGAUGUAAAAAGCAGAUCGUGCCUACACUGAGUUCAGUGCUGCUCUGUGCUACCUGUUUGACCCAGUGAUGAACCUUUUAUUUGCCCCCUACCCCUUUCUGUUUUCCAUUUUGGUGUGUACCUUUAGAUAUUGUUCAAACUGUGGAUUAUCGUGCAGUUUGAAGUUUGUGUAUAUCUCGAUAUGUAUACGGUACGUGAGUGUGUAUGGCUGUAGUGGUGAUUAUUUUCAUUCUUAUACUAAUAGAUAUUUAUUUUUGUUUUGCAUGAUUGAUACAAAGGCAGGUGCAAGUCACUUAUUAAUGUCUGAUCAAGUGGGAUGUUCAUGUAACAUCAUUGUUUUACCCAAGCUGUGUUCCCUGUGAUUCAUGCAUUGUGAAUGUGUCAUAAGAAAUGCAUACUAUAUCAGUCCUACAGGAUACAUGUAUUCAUUACCAGACAUGCAUUAGCAGCGUACACUCAUGUACACUGCAUACACAUACAAUAGAGAUGUACAGUAUGUGGCCUUUCUUAAACGUGAUUUUUUUUUCAUCUAUAACUCCACUAGAAAAGAGAUUAUUUAGAGAAUGAUAAAUUGACACAUAAUAAGAUUACUAUAAGAUUUAUUAAAGAUUUUAUCAGUUGGUCUGCACACAACUAAAGUAUAUUUGUAUCAUUUUGAACCAAAGAAUGAAUUACUUACUUUCAAUCAGUCUUUGCACUCCAGUAACCCACAAUGUAAAUAUGAGCGAGGGGACUGUUUACCCCACAGUGCGUCAGAUGAAGCGUGUAAUUUCACCAGAAAACAGCAUUCGAAGACGGUACUUAUAUUUUAACCUGUUGUAAAUCAGACGCCAGUGUACUGAUGCUGCAUUCAAAUUGCUGUUGUCUCUUGGUGUUUGGUUGGGUCUCCUCCCGCCCAGCGCACACACACACACACACACACACAGUGGAUAUUGGCUAUCAUGGUUUCGUUGCCAUGACAGCAACACAAGUGCACUGCACUUUAGUGUGCAAUUGUGCUCGCGUUACUGCCGUUCAAAGAUUCAACACGUUUACCAUGCUCGAUCUGUGAGUUGAUGGAAAGUGCAAUAUAAAUCUUUUUCUUUUUACUCAAUAAUGUGUUUAUUUUGAAAUCAGAUCUUCCAUCGAAUUGAUUCACAAAGCUAUAGUCAUCCACACGUUGAAUUGUUUUAAACGGUUUUAACACAGAUCACACAAUCGCUUGGUUGUUGUGCAGUGGCUUCUGCCAUUUCAUAUAUCUAAUACCCUAAAUGGUGAAACAGCUAAAAAGCAACCAAAUCAACUGUAAAAAGAAAUCUGUACCGUUUUCCAACAGUUUGUUUGUUACUAUAAUAUAAAGUAUGUUCAGCAAGCUCUGUGUGUACAUCUUUUCCGAGUUGUAUAAAGUGCCACUGUAACUGUGAGUGUAUCCUUGUAAAAGCCAUGCCUGAGGCUUUAUGAAUGUGUUGUUCUGUUUAAUGGGAAAUAUGCCAUGGCAUUGAUUUCCAAUGGAGGUACAUGCAGAGGUACAACAAGUGCAUGGUUAGGCCUUGAUUUGGUGAUCGUGAUUGAGAAAUUCUAACCGGACUUAUUUGGCCAUCGUGUUGAGGUGAAGCUUAUAUCUUAAGACCUGCAGGACUGUAACUUACUGAAUAUAUGUAUCUUUAAAACUGGUGUUGGACUAUUUCAAUCGAGAUCAGAGUACAAUAUAUUGUGGAAAAAAUUCCUUUCUGGAUAUUUCCCUUCUGUCACUGGCAAUAAAGCUUAAUUUGCAAUAUAUGUUUGGUCCGUGUCCUCGUAUGUGUUAUGUUGUGAGUAAUUUCUAUUUUUUAAGGAAACACUUAUGCUUAACAAUGUUCUGGGUUUUAUCAAAGAUGUAGUAAAGUGAGGAGGCGAUA